AUGGUCUUCAGAGGUUUUUGCGUAGGAAUCGGCGAGUUCCUCACUUUUGCCGCUGUGGUGCUUUGCGUGUUUGCAAACAUCGGUCAGCUGACCAACAACAUUGUCACGCGCAACAUCCGGUACGUCUCGGUGGACACUUCGGGGCUUGGUGAUGCUCUCUCGCGCAGCGGUCGAUCGGUGAGCAACCUGUACGCGUCGAGUGCAUCCUCGCCGGUCGGUCAGGGCAACGGUUUGAAGCAAGACUACCAAUGGGGUCUGUACAGCUACUGUGCUGGCCAAGAAUCGGGCUCGCAACGAGCUUGCAGCGAGCGCAGCUUUGGGUUUGAAUUCGUGCCCGUGGAAGCUAUCCUUGCGGAUGCUCCUCAGGAUGCGCGUCAGCCGAUCCGCGAGCUAUUGCCUGAGGGCACGUUCAGUAACUCCAAGUACCUCGGUGACUACUCUAAGCCGGCCAUGUACCUGAUCUUUAUCGGAUCGUGCUUGGCUGCGCUCGCAUGGAUCUCGGGACUGGUCUCGCACCGAUUCGCAUUUCUCGGCGCCGCGUUCCUUUCGCUUCUGUCCGCACUCACUCUGGGUGUAGGUGCUGCUCUACUGACCGCUAUUUACGUCAAGGCCAAGGACUCGAUCAACAACGCUCAGUACGGUAUUGUGCUUAACUACGGCAACGCUCUCUGGCUCACCUGGGCCGCUUUUGUCGCUGUGGCGCUCUCGAUCGUCCCCUACAUCAUCUCGUGCUGCACUGGCCGAUCCGACGACUACUAA